CAAGAUUUUAAUAACGUGAAUCAGUGACGUCACAGUCUAAUCUAUAAUCAGUCGAAAAUUAAUUAAAGAUCUUUUCCCGCGCUGUCCGUCACAGUGCAGCUGUCCUCAUUACAUAUUCAUGUUGUCACUGACCAAUCACAGCGCGCCGUUCAGCAGAGUCCGGACCACAGACGAAGAGUGGAUCUGCGGAGACAGACAAGUCCGUCCGGACCGACUGACGGACUGAGGGUCAGCUGAUCACAACAAAGUCUGAGCACGGAGACCAACCGAACCGAACCGAAACAGAGAAGAAAACGAACCAGAACUUGAAUUUGAACUGAACCAACUUUGACCAACUUUGAGCUGUAAAACCAUCCGAACCGGAUCAGACCGAACCGGAUCAGUAUCAGAAGACUCAGAGGAUUCAGAGGAUUAACAGGGUCAGAUGAAGGCGUGAGUCUCAGUUCUGAUGAACGGGAUGAUGAUCUUUGGACUGCUGCUCCAUGUCUUCUCACAUGGUGGCGCUCCAGUCUCUGCUUCUUUGGACUGCCUGGUGGCGGAGCAGUCCUGCAUCCAGGAGCAGUCCUGCAUGGCACCGUAUCGCCUGCUGGAGUACUGUGCGGCUGAGGAGGCCGUGGCGCCGCUCGGUCCAGACGCCCGCCGCGAAUGCCUGGAGGCUCAGAACUCGCUGCAGCGUUACCGCCCCCUUCAGGUCUGCAAGUGUCAGCGUGGCUCUCGGCGGGAGGAGCACUGCCUCAGGGUGUACUGGACGGUCAGGUUUGCAGUGUACAACGAGUACGACGUCUCUCCGUACGAAGAGCUGCAGCUCAGCCUGGUGAGGAACAUCGAGAUGUCACGCAUGGCCUCCAUCAUGGCAGCUUCCUCUCUGUCCGUGGACGGUCAGAACCAGUGUCUGAAGGCAGCCCAGAACUGCGGCCAGUACGAGAAAUGUGGUGCACUGCGCUCCGAAUACGUCGUGGCCUGCACCAAGCGAGCCGCCGUCUCUACCAACAGCUGCAACCGCCAGAAAUGCCACAAAGCCCUGCGCCGUUUCCUGGAGCGCGUCCCUGAGGAGUACAGCUUCGCUCUGCUCUUCUGCACAUGCUCAGACACUCUGUGUGGGGAGCGCCGCCGCAAGACCAUCGUCCCAUCGUGCUCCUACGAGGAGAACGCACAGGGGGACGUCAGAGUGCACAAACCAAACUGCCUCAGCCUGCAGAACUACUGCUCCAGAGAUGAGCUGUGCCGGUCCAGACUUGCUGAUUUCCAGCAGAACUGCCAGCCGUCCCCUGUGUCGGCCUCCGGCUGUAUCCGGGAAGGCAGAGUGAUGUGUCUGAAGGCAUACGCCGGACUCAUUGGCACCAUCAUGACUCCAAACUACGUCAGUAACAGCAGCACAGGCGUGUCCCAGUGGUGUUCAUGUGACGGCAGUGGGAACGAAUGGCAGAGCUGUCAGCGUGUUCUUAACAUGUUCAACAGCAAUGCGUGUCUGCGUAAUGCCAUCAGCUCUGUGGGAGUCUCCGCCCCCCCUCCUGUGGAAAACACACCUGUACCUACAUCUCAGGCCACCCCACGAAUUGACCACGAGAGGGUCCACACCAGCACCAACACUUUCCCAGAAUUCAACAGUAUGGAGGACAGCGAGGAGGACGAGGCUGAGGACGAGGACGACAGCGAGGGAUUCAUCGUCAUCCCACCGUACUCUGACAAAGACCUGAAUGUUCAAUCAAGAGCCCGAGGGAGUAAACGUGGAGCAGCAAGCCAGGCAGUUCCCGUAAUACCGAUCCUGCUGCUGGGAACACUCAUGAACUUCUUCUAAACCUUCUCGACCUUUUGCACCUUCUGGGCCUUCUGCAUCUCAUCGUUAUUAAGUCUUUCAAACCGUCACAGAUCUCACAAUGAAAACUCCAUUGUGAGAUUAAUUUCCUCCAGAGUUAACGUGGCCAGCAAGUCUGAGAUGAGAACAAGAACCGUUAAAAAUGGGUUCAUCAAUAGAGAACUGUUUAAUUUAAACAACUUUAAACUCAUUUAAACUAAGGAACCAUGUUUGAUGGUUCUUUAAAUAACUUUUGAUAAAAGGUUCUUUGUGGGACUAAACAUGGUUCCUCCGUGGCAUCACGCUGAAGAACUCUAAAGAACUCUAAAGAACCAUUGUUGGUUCCAUUACUUUUCUGAAGGACCUGGAGGUGUCAGGUCUGAAUCUUCACCUGUGGCACAUUUGUUUGAUUUUAGAAACUUGUUGUGAUGAUGUCAUGAUAAUGUAAUAAUCAGACUGAUGAGUCACCUCACCAUGUUUCCAAAGAACUCAUCGAUGGUGUGCUCCAUCACCUCCACGUCUUCACCUCCUCGUGAUAUUUUAUUGACUGAGUUUUAAACUUAAUGGUUUCAUGUUGUAACAUUGUUGUAAGAUUGUCUGAACGUUGGCAGACCUGUCAUCACUGUUGCUCACCUUGAGGCUGAGGUGACAUCAUGCAGCUUCUCUUCCUGUUCAGAGUCUUAAAAAACAUGAGCGAGGCUCUGAAGUGUGACGGCAGGAUUAUGAGAAAAAAAGUCUGAACCAGAACCAGAACCAGAAACAUUAUAAAGCGUCUAUGCGGCCUUAAAGUGACUUCAUGCUUUCAUGUUUUUUGUAAAAAUGUAAAAAAUAAAACAUGUUUUUCAAGUUUCAGAUUUUUUCAGAAAUUAUUUUUUUUAAAGACGUGAAAUGAUUGUGACUGUAGCGUGUAGCGUGUAAUUAGCAUGUUUUCAGUGUUUGUUAAAAAAAUUAAAGAUUACAGAAGACAUGAAAUGUUUGAAUGUUUUCUUCUUUGAAGUGACUUCCUGAUGUU